AUGCUCCGCACCAAUGACGGAAAGAAAGAAGCUAAGACCACUAAGACUAAAGAGAAGACGACUAAAAAGGCCGGCACGAGCUGUAGUAGUAUCAUCAGCGGCGGCGGAAAUAUCACCGCGAGCGGCGGGUACGGCGUGGGGCCGCUGACGAAGGAAGGGCAGCUGCAUCGAGAUGUGGUCAUGAGCGCUGUUAUCGAAUCAUCCGCGUUACAAGUCUCCUUCGACUCGUUUCCGUACUAUCUCAGCGAUGCCACGCGCAACGCGCUGGUGGACGCGUGUUUCAUCCGCCUGCGCCGCCCCGAGUUCCUGCGCUUCACCGCUGACCUCCCAUCACUCUCCGCGCGCAUCCUCCUCUCCGGCCCCCCAGGCUCGGAGCGGUACCAGGAGCAGCUGGUUCGGGCGCUGGCUCGGCACCUGGAUGCAAAGCUUCUGAUCUUUGAUCUUCCCAACAUGCUGCUGCAGGUGGCUCUGGCAACCAAGUCAGGCGGUGCUUUGCCUCAAGCUCUCACCAGUGGAGCAACAUUGGCAUUGGCAUCAGAACCAGCGCUGGCAUCAGAAUCGGCAUCAGCAUCCACAUCAGCAGCAGGAGUGGCGGCAACAGCAGCAGUGGCGCAGGAGUCAGCUGAUACGGUGACAGGGUCCUGUGUGAGUGCUGAGACUGGGGCCGCAACAGGAGCGGGAGUAGGGGAGGAGGGGGAAGGUGGAGGAGAGGGCACAGAGGGAGGUGCGGGGGAGAGGGGUGCUGGGGAUGCAGCAGAGGCAAGUCAGGGAGAGGAGGCGGAGGAGGAAGAGGAGGCCGAGGGCGAGGAGGGGAGGCAAGGAGAGGGCGGUGCAGUGAGGGAAGAGGGGGCGGGAGAGACAGGGGCGUCAGGGGAGGCACAAGUCGCUGGUCCCACGAGUGAGGCUGCAGGGGGGGAACAAGUAUCCGGGGGGGGGGAUGAGGGAGGUGGUGACGGGGAAGGGGGUGAUGGGGGAGAGGGGGAAUCCGCCCUGGCUGCUGAUGUGGAGAGCGAUGGGCCUGCUGACGUGGCGUCAGGGGAGCUGGAGCUGGCAGAUGGAAUGGAUGAGGGACAGGGGGGAGAGAGGGCGGAGGCGCAGGGGGAGGGGGAGAGGGUGGAGAGAGAAGGGGAAGGCGCGGAGAGGGAAGAAGCUGAGAGGGAGGGCGGGGGAGCUGGGGGGGAGGCAGGAGGGCUGCAGAGUGUGCCGUGUGUGCACGGGGCAGGUGGUGUUUGCACUGAUCUGCCUGCCUAUGGUUGCAGCAGCAGCAACAUCGCUGCCAGUGCUGUCAUUGCUGCGUGCAGCACAGUUUCCCAUCCUCCUGAUCCGGCUGCUCCUAGCGCCACUCCACCUGCUGCCCCCUCGUCUGCUCUUUCUGCGUCUACUGCUGCUAGCAGCACGUGCGAGGAGGCGGAGCAGAGCGGCGCUGCUGCUGGUCCUUCUCCCAGCACGCAGCCGGACAGCAUACUGCCCCCCACCACUGCACACACUGGUACCACCCACACCAGCAGUGCUACUGGUGACGAUGGCAAGCACACUAAACCGGAUAAGGAGGAGCAGGAGGGGCAGCAGGGCAGCAGCACCGCGAGUAAACGCAGCAGUGGGGGUGCGGGAGGAGGGAAAGGCGGUGUGGAUCUGCGAGCAGUGAAGCUGAAGGAUCUCUCCUCCUCGCUCAUCCCCCGCUCCCACCACUCCAAGUCCUCUUUAUCCUCCUCGUCCUCCCAUAAGAAGAAGGGCAGCAGCAAGGGUUCUAAGGGCUCAACGAGGGAUGGAGGGGGUGAGGGGGACAGUGUUGGGAAGGGCGGGAGCAAAGAGGAGGCGGGGAGUGGGGCAGCGGUGGCAGGUACAGGGCACAAGGCGAAGAGCAAGGGGGAGAAGGAGAAGGAGGGUGCUGGAAGCGAGGGGAAGAAGAGCAGCGAGAGUGCGGAGGGGUCAAAGAAGGGCUUUAAGAAAGGCGACAGAGUGCGCUACAUGGGCCCGCCCUCGCUCUCCUCUGCUGCACCCCCACCGCCAUCGGCCUCACUUCUGCCACCCUCCAUGCGCGGCCCACCAGUGGGGCUCAAGGGGCGCGUGGUGGUGGUGCUGGAGGAGAACCCCCACCGUGUGGGUGUGCGUUUCGACAAGCCCAUCCCGGGCGGCAACAGCCUGGUGGAUGUAUGCGACGAUGGGCACGGCGCGUGGUGCCACGUGUCAGAGCUGCGGCUGGAGGGAGCAGCAGCAGACGACGCGGAGAAGCAGCUGGUGGACCACUGCAUGGCGGUGGCAGCCACCGUAGCAGCAACAUCGCCUCUCAUCGUUUUCAUCCCAGGCGCGGAUAGAAUCGCAGCGGCACACUAUGAGAGGCUUGUUAGACUGGAGCGCAUGGAGCGGUUGGGAGUGGUGGGGGAGAGAAGCGCGGAGAAAGGAGAGAAAGGGGAGAAGGGGGAGAAAGGGAAGGAGGGAAAGGAGGUGAAGGAGAACAGUGAACCGCUGCGGUUGGUGGUGAUUGGCUCUCACACAGUGCCACCCAAGAAAGACAAAGCGCCAGCAGCGGCAGCAGCCCCCAAGACCACAGACAAGCUCUCUGCUCUCCUCGACCUCUCCUUCCUGGACCAGCUUUCAUCGCGGCUAGAGGAUGGGCGCGGGGAGGGUGGAGGGGCCAAGGCGGGCGGCAGGGCGGUGACUCGCAUCUUCCCCACGUCCAUCCCGGUGCUGCCGCCCGCACAAGAUGAUGACGUGGCGCAGCGUGAUUGGGCGAGGCAGCUGGAGGGUGACGUGGAGCUGAUGCGCGCUGAGAGCAACCGCCGCCUGCUUAGAUCGGUGAUGUGCACAGCAGGAGUGGAGUGUGCAGACAUUGACAGACUCUCCAUCGCCUCCCACUCUCUUCCCCAGGAGGGUGCGGAGCGCAUGGUGGGGUGGGCCAUAAGUCACCAGCUGCAGCACAGCCCGCAAGUCGACAUGCCGGCUGCCCGCCUCCCCCUCUCGCUCUCCAGUAUUCGGCACGGAGUGGAGGUGGUGGAGGGAGCAUCUCAGCAGCAGCCAGCCACACAGCGCAAGGCGCUCAAGGAUGUGACGUGCGACAAUGACUUUGAGCGGCUGCUACUGGGGGAGGUGAUACCUGCGGAGGAGCUGGGCGUGCGCUUUGAGCACAUCGGCGCAUUGGAGGGCGUGAAGGAGGCUCUAAGAGAGGUCGUCAUGCUGCCACUUCAGCGACCAGAGCUGUUUCAAACUGGCCAGCUCACUAAGCCGGUACGGGGGCUGCUGCUGUUUGGCCCACCGGGCACGGGCAAGACGAUGCUGGGCAAGGCAGUUGCUACGGAGUCAGGGGCCAACUUCAUCAGUCUUUCCAUGGCCUCUGUUGCAUCAAAGUGGUUCGGAGAGGCAGAGAAGUAUGUGAAGGCCGUGUUCACGCUGGCCAGUAAAAUUGCGCCAUGUGUCAUCUUCGUGGACGAGGUGGACAGCAUGUUGGGGCGGAGAGGCGGCGACUCGGAGCACAGUGCAAUGAGGAAGCUCAAGAACGAGUUCAUGGCCGCAUGGGACGGGCUGCGAUCCAAGCAAGCCGAGCGCAUCCUCGUGCUCGGCGCCACCAACCGCCCGCAUGACUUGGAUGAUGCCGUCAUCAGACGGUUCCCUAGAAGGCUGUUCGUGGAUCUGCCUGACUGCACCAACCGAGCCAAAAUUCUGAAAGUCAUUCUCAAGGAUGAGGACGUGGAGCCGGGCUUCAGCACCGAUGAGCUCGCUGCUGCCACCGAUGGCUACUCGGGCAGCGACCUCAAGAACCUGUGUGUGACAGCAGCGUUCCUGAGAAUAAAGGAGUUUCUGGAUAAGGAGAAGAAGGAGAAGGAGGAGGCAGAGAGGAGCGAGGGAGGUGCGGAGGGCAGCAGUGGAAGCAGCAGCGCAGCAGCAAGUGGCAGCCGGGAGGGCGAGGCUGGUGCCUCUCAAGGCUCGGCUUCCCCUGCCGCUGCUCCAUGCCUGCGGCCAAUCAGCAUGGAGGACAUGCGGAAGGCCAUGGAGAAGGUGCGGGCGAGUGUGAGCAGCGAUGCAGCAGCAAUGAUGGAGCUCAUGCAGUGGAACGAGCAGUUCGGGGAGGGCGCCUCGCGCAAGAUCACCCCUCUCUCCUACUUCAUGUGA